UGACAGACACUUUCCAAGUCACUCCCAACUCGCUCCAGGCCUCAACUUCAUAGCACAUCAUGUUCAACGCUGCCCUUCGUGCCGUCCGCCCUGUCGUGCGUAGCACGCGCAGGUCAACCCCUUCCACCGCUUUCCGCGCUCUUUCCACCACCACUCCCCGUUUCUCGGGCCCCGCCCCUCCUUCACUCUUCGGAGAGGGUGCCAAAGCUGGUGAAAUUCCUUCCGACGAGCAACAAGCGACUGGUCUGGAGCGUUUCCAGCUUCUUGGGGAGAUGCAUGGUGUCGAAGCGUUUGACUUGGAGCCUCUUGACUCGAGUCGCGUGGGCACCCUUGAAGACCCGAUUAAAGUCUUUUCACUGGACACGUCUCGUGUUGUUGGAUGCACUGGUUCGCCAGCUGAAAGCCAUGAGUUGCAUUGGUUUACUGUUAAGAAGGAGAAAAACCGCCGUUGCCCUGAAUGCGGCUCUGUCUAUGUACUUGAUUUCCAGGGCGUGGAACACCAUGAUGCUCACCACCAUUAGAAUGGGCGAUUGCUCAGUUUAAUUUAUUACGGAGAGCAGUAUCACAUGUUCCUGUCUAGGUCGUUAGAUCGUCGAUUCGUUAUCAACAUCUUGACGGCUUAUUCGCAUUA